UCUCUCUCUCAUCUCAUCUCCUUCCGCGCGCUCUCCGCUCUCUCUCUCUCUCUCUCUAGUCCCCAGCCCUCGACUCGGCUCGGCGGCAGCGCACCCAAACCCUAACCCUAUCAUCCCCCAUCCCAACCCAUCCCAUCCCCGCGCCCCGCCGGCGAGGCACAGAGCGGAGCGGAGAUGCCGUCGGGGUCGGCGACCCAGUUCCGGUACACGCAGACGCCGUCCAAGGUGCUGCACCUGCGGAACAUGCCGUGGGAGUGCACCGAGGAGGAGCUCGUCGAGCUCUGCAAGCCCUUCGGCAGGGUCGUCAACACCAUGUGCAACGUCGGCACCAACCGCAACCAGGCCUUCGUCGAGUUCGCAGAUCAAAACCAGGCAAUUUCAAUGGUUUCAUACUAUGCUUCUUCUUCAGAACCUGCUCAAGUUCGUGGUAAAACUGUAUAUAUCCAGUAUUCAAAUAGGCAAGAAAUUACCAACAAUAAAGGAACUGGUGAUUCCUCUGGCAAUGUCCUGCUUGUCACUUUUGAAGGCAUCCAGCCUAAUGAUAUUACCAUAGAAGUCAUUCAUCUGGUAUUUUCUGCAUUUGGGUUUGUCCACAAGAUAGCAACCUUUGAGAAGGCCGCUGGCUUCCAGGCCCUUAUCCAAUAUACUGAUGCCCCAACUGCUCUAGAAGCAAAAAAUUCGUUGGAUGGAAGAAGCAUCCCAAGAUAUUUACUUCCUGAUCAUGCCCCCACCUGUCACUUGCGGAUCACCUUUUCUGCACACAAGGAUUUGAAUAUCAAGUUUCAAUCACAUCGUAGCAGGGAUUACACAAAUCCAUAUCUUCCUGUGAACCCAACAGCAAUUGAGGGAAUUUCACAGCCCACAUUAGGCCCUGAUGGGAAGAUAAAGGAACCUGAGAGCAAUGUACUUCUAGCUUCAAUAGAGAACAUGCAGUAUGCUGUGACAGUGGAUGUUCUACAUACUGUGUUCUCUGCUUUUGGUACUGUCCAAAAGAUUGCAAUGUUUGAGAAGAAUGGUGGAAUGCAAGCUCUUAUUCAAUAUCCAGACAUCACAACGGCAGCAGUUGCUAAACAAGCUUUGGAAGGGCACUGCAUCUAUGAUGGAGGUUACUGUAAGCUUCAUCUGUCAUACUCUCGUCAUACUGAUCUCAAUGUAAAGGCACAUGACGAGAGAAGCAGAGAUUACACUGUUUCGGAUCCUAGUGCGCAAUUGCAAGCUGCAGCACAAGUGCCAGCAGCGACUCCUGGAGCGGCAUGGCAAAACACUGCCCCUGCUGCUUCCUUUUACGCAAGCACGGCAGCAGCGAGUCCUGUUGGUCAAGUGUCAGCAUGGAAUCCUAACAUGCAGGCAGGGGCUUACGGAUCAGCAUCAUCUGCAUACCCAACCCAACCGAUGAUGCCAGGCUCUGUUCCGCACUAUCCAGGAAUUGGGUCCAGCUCCGGUGCACCACCAGUAUCGUUCCAGGCCUCACAGCAGAUGCCACAAUAUGGUGUACCCACAGCUGCUCCGCCCCAUGCACCACCGGCUGGCCAACUAAUGUAUUUCCCAAAAUAAGCUUAUAUCUUCAUCCGAUGUACAAGCAAUUGCAAAAUGUUGCCUGCAAUACUCGGGUCUGGGUAUCUUCUCUUCAAUUUUUGCGAUGUAACUGGCCUAUGCAGCUAUUCAUAUUGUAACUCCGCGAGCCUCCCUGUCGCAAAUGUACCUCUGCGUCAGUCGGUGUCUGUAACUGUCCGGCAAUAUUAGAAAUCCCCCCCAUUAGCAUGUCUGGUAUUGUUCUGCUCAGAAAACUUAAGUAUAUAGUGAUUCUUUCGACUUCUAUGCAA